UCAGGCGGGCCGGAAGUGGGCCGCGGAGGCGGGAGACGCCGCGGGCGAGAUGAAGCCGGCAGUGGACGAGAUGUUCCCUGAGGGCGCCGGGCCCUACGUGGACCUGGACGAGGCAGGAGGCAGCACGGGGCUCCUGAUGGACUUGGCAGCCAAUGAGAAGGCGGUUCAUGCAGACUUUUUUAAUGAUUUUGAAGAUCUGUUUGAUGAUGAUGAUAUCCAGUGAGACGCCGUCCAGCGGUGCGUGUGGUCAUGUGUGUUACGAGGUGGUGUGGCGGAGUUCCUCAGAGGACAAUUUCAGAUGGUCCUAAAGAACUCGUGGAUGUUACUUGAAAUUAGGAGAUGGUUAACCAAGAAAGAGAAGGAUGGUUUUAACUAUCUGCAUGAGGCCCGCUUAUCUCUGAAUGUGACCAACUUUUGUCCUUCAAUUAAAAAGCGAUGCCAUCAUUUGCAGGGUAAUUUUAAUUCUUGGAUUUUCGAGCAAAUAUUACAAUGCCUAAAAGCCUCUGUGCAUACGUGUGGGUGCAUGUGUGUUGACAUAGUCAGUGAAACACGUUUGUCAGCUUACAAA